AUGGCGGUAACGUUUUCCAGUAGGAGAGUACGAAUUUGUUUGGCAACUUUAACAACAAUGACAUCUUUUUAUGUGAUUAUAGUCUUAUAUAUGGUUAGCUACAAUUUUCUGCAAAAUGAAAAUAUUAUGGCUACAUAUUUUGUAGGCAGAGGAGGGUAUCAAAGCCAUCGUCGUGCCACUCAGUAUCGAAUACAACAUAACAGUAACUGCACUCAAAAGAAGAAUUUUGUUUUUAUUAAAGGUAUGAAAUGUGCAACUUCGACGCUUUUAGGAGUAUUUUACCGAUUUGGUUAUACCCGGAACCUCUCCUUUGUGUCACCGUUAAAACAGAACUUGUGGCUCAAUUGGCCGUAUCCUAUGACACUCCGGGACUUCAGACCAUCGAGUAGAGGCUAUAACAUUCUAACAGACCAUUCAAUCUACACUGAAAAUGUCAUGAGAUCAAUCAUGCCUGAAGACACUGUGUACAUCAGUAUUAUAAGGGAACCAUUUUCCCAACUGAAAUCCCUCUUUCAGUACUUCCAGAUUGCUGCUAAGGCAGGAGUUCCUAAAGAUGUUGACAAUCCGGUAGUGGAAUAUUUCACGCAUUUGAAGAAAUAUGAAUCUGCCUACAAAGCACCUGGCAACAAAGAGAGGGGAUGUAUCCCCGAAGGCUUCUCACUGACAAAGAACCUCAUGUCUCACUGCCAUGGUAUGCCUCUCGGCUUUCCUCCAGGUGCCAAAGACAUUUCAAACGAUACAGAAGCUAUCCAGAGUUACAUAAAACAUCUAGAUUCAAAGUUCAGCUUAAUUAUGAUCAGAGAAUAUUUCUACGAGUCGUUGAUCCUCCUACGGCGACUAAUGUGUUGGACUUUGAAAGAUAUUUUAUUUAUAAAUUAUAACAUAGCAAAGUACGCCUUUAAAACCGCCCCAGUACCUGAAAAUAUACUAGACCUACACAAACAAUGGAGUAAUGCAGACUACAUGCUGUACAAUUACUUCAACACUACCUUCUGGAAACAUGUAUCUAAUCAAGGACCCGAAUUUGUUUCUGAAUUAGAGACAUUUAAAAACAUGGAACGUCUUGUUCAAGACUAUUGCACAAAGAUCUACACAUACGGGAAAGGUCACAGUUACCCUGUUAAUAUGUCAAAGAUCGUUUUGGAUGAAACCAAAUGGAAUGUGCAAUUCUCCAUCAGUUCAGAGGAUUGCUGGGUGCUUGGUCCUAACCCAUAUGACCUUCUCCAUGUGGUGCAGAGAGACAAUGAUGUCAAAGAGGCACAUCUACUGGCCGAGCAGAAUAAAAUUCCCGAUAACAGAACUAUGAAAGGAGGAUGUUAG